CCUAGAGGAACUCGGUUGCUGCGGGUGCUGACGCCGGCGUGUGGAGUAUGUCCUCUCGCGGGCAGCAGCAGCUCCCGGCUGACGACCCGCCCUGGACGAUGCAUCUUCUGCCUGCGACUCGGGGACUGCUGCGGCUGGACCCGAGCGGCGGCGCGCUGCUGCUGCUGUGCGGCCUCAUCGCGCUGCUGGGCUGGAUCUGGGUGCGGUGGCACCGGGCGCGGGAUAUCCCCCCGGGUCCCACGCCCUGGCCUCUGGUGGGCAACUUUGGCCACGUGUUACUGCCGCCCUUCCUGCGGCGACAGGGCUGGGUGAGCCACACUGCGAGGGCCGCAGGGAUGGACCCCACGACCCAGGCCCCGCAGGUGAUCCUGGCAAAACUGGCUCGUGUGUACGGCAACAUCUUCAGUUUCUUCAUCGGCCACUACCUGGUGGUGGUGCUCAACGACUUCCACAGCGUGCGCGAGGCGUUGGUACAGCAGGCGGAGGUCUUCAGCGACCGCCCGAGGGUGCCCCUCAUUUCCAUGUUAACCAAGGAGAAGGGGGUUGUUUUCGCACCUUAUGGCCCAGUCUGGAGACAACAAAGGAAGUUCUCUCAUUCCACUCUUCGCCAUUUUGGCUUAGGAAAGCUUAGCUUGGAGCCCAAGAUUAUUGAGGAGUUCAAGUAUGUGAAGGAGGAAAUGCAAAAGCAGGGAGAAAAUCCCUUCAGCCCUUUCCCCAUCAUCAGCAACGCCGUCUCUAACAUCAUCUGCUCCUUGUGCUUUGGACGACGCUUUGAUUAUACCAACAGUGAGUUUAAGAGGAUGCUAGAUUUCAUGUCACGAGGGUUAGAAAUCUGCCUCAACAGCCAGCUCCUCCUGAUCAACAUAUGCCCCUGGCUGUAUUACCUUCCCUUUGGACCAUAUAAGGAAUUAAGACUAAUUGAAAAGGAUAUAACCACUUUCCUUAAACAGAUCAUCAAAGACCAUCAAGAGUCUCUGGAUGCUGAGAACCCUCAGGACUUCAUAGACAUGUACCUUCUGCACAUGGAGGAAGAGAGGAAAAAUAAUAGCCACAGUAGUUUUAAUGAAGAUUACUUAUUUUAUAUCAUCGGGGAUCUUUUUAUUGCUGGGACAGAUACUACAACAAACUCUCUGCUGUGGUGCCUGCUGUAUAUGUCAUUGAACCCUGAUGUGCAAGAAAAGGUUCAUGAAGAAAUUGAAAGGGUCAUUGGUCCCCAUCGACCUCCUUCCCUCACAGACAAGGCCCAGAUGCCCUACACAGAAGCCACCAUCAUGGAGGUGCAGAGGCUAACCGUGGUGGUGCCACUCGCUGUUCCUCAUAUGACCUCAGAGAAAACAGUGCUCCAAGGGUACACCAUUCCUAAAGGAACAUUGAUCUUACCCAAUUUAUGGUCAGUACACAGAGACCCAACCAUUUGGGAGAAACCAGAAGACUUCUACCCAGAUCGAUUUCUGGAUGACCAAGGACAACUUUUAAAAAAAGAAUUCUUUAUUCCAUUUGGGAUAGGGAAGCGGGUGUGUAUGGGAGAGCAGCUGGCAAAGAUGGAAUUAUUCCUCAUGUUUGUGAGCCUGAUGCAGACUUUCACAUUUGCUUUACCUAAGGAUUCUAAGAAGCCCAACCUGACUGGAAGAUUUGGUCUAACGUUAGCUCCUUAUCCAUUUAAUAUAAUCAUUUCAAAGAGAUGAAGCACACAGAUACCUAAAAAAGAGAAGGAUGGGGAUGCUGUAUGCAAAGUGGUCCUGUGCAAUGAAGAGUUGUCCUGCCCAGUAUGCUGGUAUUUCCUCCAGUGAGGAUGUACUUCAAAGAAUAACUGGCCCUUUCCUUGAUUUUCCCAUAAUAUUCUUUAUGUGGAAGAAAUCAUGAUAGAAUAUGAGCAGCUGUAUUUUUGAGCCUUUCCUAAUGCUUUGUGUGUGUUUAUAGUUGCCACAUUAAAAGGGUGCCAGGUUGUAGCUAAUAAAGCUGAGGCCUAGUGAACUUAAGGCACCUGGUGAAGAAGUGUCAUCCCUUGGCACCACUAGUUCUUGUGAUGGAGAGUGCUCUCUGAGCCACUUAUCAGUACUACCACCUCUUGAGCCUGUAGCUCGCCCCAGUUAGCUGGGGCCCUUUUCAGCCCAGACCGACUCCUUGAAGCAAGGAUGUAGCACUGUUGCUCUCUUUCAGCCCCUUGCCCGGUCCACAUGUGAAUGAAUUUUAAGAAGGUUGCUUAAGGGAAUAUCCCAUCCCAUUUGAAUGCUAUAGGUUGUUUUUUUGUUGCUUAGAGAUGAUGUUAAAAAAUCAGUAUGUAUUAUUUAUUAAUGUUGGUUUAAGCCAGCUUUUAAAAAAUUACUAGACAUUUGUUCAUUUAAAACAACCAUUCUAAACUAACUUAGAAUGAUGCCUUAUGUGUUUAAAUAUAACAGAAUGUAAGCUCCCAGCAGCUAGAGACUGGGCCACAUCCAUGGGCCUCAUACUUACUUUCCCCAAGGAGGGAAGGAGUGAAUGCUUUUACUCCCAAUAGCAAAGAAGGCAAGAAAAGAGCCAAAGAUGAAAUACUGAACUUGACUCUGUUUUCCAGACCAGUAAAGACACCAGAUCUCAGUUACCUCUGACUUCUUGAUCUGUCAUUAACCACUUUAGGUACUUAGAUCUUCUUAGUCCAUGAAGGGCAUUCCAGGGCAAUUCUGAAUGUGAGGCUGGAUUUUUCCUUUGAGCACAUUCCUAGGCAGACUCCUGCAUGUUCAAGGAGUGAAAAUAAUUCUGCUUAAUAAAAACCCAAGAAAAGAUGGAAUAUUAUGUAAUCAACUAUUGAUUUGGUUUGACUCUACAUUCUUUGUAUUAUCUAUAUACCAUUCUUUUGCUUUUUAUAAAUAUAAUUAAGCACUUGCAAUACAGGUAGAUGAAAUACAGGCUACUCUUUAGGUGCCUUAAGAAUUUUUAUUUUUAAUAAAAAGAGAAAAGCUAAUAGACUAAAUGCAGAGGAACUGGAGAGGUUGUACAGAUUUUAGACAAGGCAAUACUUGUGUAGACUGAUUAUCCUACACUGCAAUGGGACAGUUUGUUCCUGAAAUGAAAUUCAUAUGCUUUUUUGAAUGGAACUAAUAACAGCAUUAGCAAAUUUCUUACUCUUUAUAGAUGGAUUUUCGGUAUUCCUAACCAAAGAGUUUGUUCUGUUUUCCAUGACAUUGUGUCAGAAUCAGAAGUUUAUUAAACUUUUAAAUACAAUGCCUCUAACUGUAGCAUUUAAAAAAUAUCUUUAUAUGGCACAUGACUGAAGGACUGUUGAUAUUUUUCUCAUACACAGACAUUCUUCAAUUUGACAUUUCAUGGUUUCUCUGAACUAUGAAAGUAAUUGUACUCUAUUUUAUAAUUCUGCCUAAUAUCUAACUUUUAGUCUUCAUAUUUUAUACUUUUGGGUGCAUUUAUUAAACUUUUUGUUUUUAUGGA